AUGGAUGAAUUUAUGAUUAUGCAAGAUCAAACAUGGAUCGAAUUACAAGAAGCACGGCUAAUGCAACCAAUAAAACAAAAACGUUUGGUUCGUCAGGUAAAACCGGAACCGAAAUGCAACUGUGAUACGUCGAAUCGAUGUCCACCAGGUCCACCAGGUAGACCAGGUAUGGAUGGAAUGGAUGGUAUGCCUGGUCAACCAGGUCCACCAGGUGAACCUGGUCUUCCGGGAAUUGCUGUACCAAUUGAGCCAUUGAAAGAUUAUGGUUCAUGUCGGGUAUGUCCUCCAGGACCAGCUGGUCAUAUGGGUUAUCCAGGAGCACCUGGUUCACCGGGAACACAGGGUGCACCUGGAAAUGAUGGCCUACCAGGUCAUCCAGGUCAACCUGGUCAACUUGGAUCACCGGGUGAAAGAGGUGAACCAGGACCAAUUGGUAAAGAUGGACCAGUCGGAGCACCAGGUCGAGAAGGAGUCCGUGGCCUACCGGGUGCAUCAGGUGAACCAGGUCCACGUGGUCAAAUUGGACCUAAAGGUUUCAUGGGUCCGCCAGGAAAUGCAGGAAAUCCUGGUACACAAGGUGCAGUGGGACCACAAGGAGAUGUUGGACAACCAGGACAACGUGGUUAUGCUGGUGGUGUUGGUGCACCUGGUUUUGUUGGUUCACCAGGUGAAGAUGCUGGAUAUUGUCCGUGUCCACAUCGACGUACAAGAAAAGUUGUUAAAGUAGCAGCUACCACAUCAAGAAAAUUGUGA